AUGGAGGUCCAAAAUGCCACUCCUACUGGCCCCUGGCAAGAUCAGCUCGACAGCGUUUGCCGAGAUGCUCAGUUGCGUCCCCCGGUUUUUCAAAUUGUGUCAGAUCGUCGAGGUGGCCGAACUGCAUGGUCUAGCAGAGUGACCGUCCAUGGCAAAACUCUUGCAGCUCGUUUCUGGUAUGACGGCAAGAACCUUAACAAUGCUAGAGAAGAUGCUGCCGAGUGUGCCGUCAAGUGGUUGACUGGAUCUGAAUCUAGUUCUCCCACCCAGCAAUGGGGUUGGUAG